GAAAUAAUAUACCAAAAUACUGUCAAAAAUAUUUAAUUCAAACAUGCUAAUUUUACGAUUUCUGAGAGCAGAAAAUUAAUCUUUUACUUUUAUUUGCGUCAUUCUUUUGUAACAAAAAUAUUUUAUUAUAAAAAAAUGACAAAUUAAUUUAUAUCAUUAAAUUUUUGAUCACAUAUUUUAGAAUCAACUCAACAGUAUUUUUGAUCAAAAUAUUUUUGUUUAAUAUUAGGCUAAAAGACAUUUCACAUCAUAACAACACUGCGUCGACAAAAAUAAAAGGUUAGUCACCAUGUACAAUAAUAUUUUUCUAAUUUAAAUCAGAACACUUUUAAUAUCAUUACUAAAGUAAUACAAAAGUUAAAGAGAAAAAUCGAAAUACCAGUGACAUGGCGCAGUCAACAUCUUUAAAUAUAGUAGACAAUAUAGUGAUGGGUAAGGAAAGUCCAAUCGAUGAUAAUAUCAAUAUAGGAGAAUUGAUUCUCAAGGCAUUUAAAAUUAAACCAGAUUUUGUUGGCCAAGUAGAUGCAAUUACAGGAGAAGAAAAUACAUUCGAUCAGAUGAGAGAACGAAGCGUAAAAUGUGCAUUAUGGCUGAAGAAAUUCGGCGUUCAACGUAACGACAUUGUAGUAGUGUGCACGUCUAAUUAUUUGGAUGCUUAUAUACCGUUUUUGGCCUCUCUUUAUAUCGACGCUACUUUGAUUGUAUGGCGUGAAAAUCGCCCGAUUAAUUACCGACACUAUAUGCGAAGUGGUCCAAAAGUCAUUUUUACCGAUGUUGAUAAAGUUUCAUCAAUUCUCAAUGUGGCAAAUAUGUUGAAUAUUUCUACAAAAAUUAUUGUUUUAUUCGAAGAAGAGGAAGAAGAGAAAGAAGAGACAGAGAAAGUCGAAUCUAUAAAUUCCAUUUUAAUGAAUGAUUUCGAUGAAGCUGAAGUCGAUGAAUUUUCUUGUAUAAAAUUGGAGAGUAACAAAGACAUCGCGGUGAUACUUUUUUCUGUCGGUACAAUUGGUGAUAUACGCAAACAUGUGACAAUUCCAUAUGCAUUUUUCACAUCUCCGUCGAACCAACACGUACCCAUUAUGUCAUCCAAUGACGUAGGAAUGUGGAACGAAUCUUUGCACUGGAAUAUCAGUUUGCUUUUGACAGUUCGCUGUAUUCUUUCAUAUGUAAAGGCGAUAAAAAUAAAUGAAUUUUUAUACCCAUCGCUUGAAAUGUCCUUUUGUAAUAUUAUAGAAAAGUUUAAGGUAACAUGGGUAUUUCUGAAAAUAAGUAUGGGUAAUCACUUUUAUCAUUUUAAUGUUUUUAAAAGGUACAAUCUUUCUUCUUUGAAACAAAUAAUAUUCGGUGGUAGACUUUCUAUAUUUCCAACAAUUUUCGAUAAUUUUAUCAUUUCGCUGCAAAAUGCUUCUGUUAUUCAAGUGUACUGUUUACCUGAAGUAGGUAUGAUCACUUACCAAGAAAAAACUGGAAAAAGUGAAUCUAGCGGUUACGUGUGUAACAAUGUUAAUUUGGCAAUUACUCAUUACAUUAGUGGAAUUUUAUUAGAAGCAAACAAAUUGGGUAUUAUCCAGUGCAAAUCUCCGUGUUUAACAAAUGGCUGCUUUAGUUCUCUACCUGUAGAUUUAAUACCUCUUCCCGAUGAUAAUAAUGGAUGGUUCUGCACUGAUGAUGUAGGCUACUACGAUUCAGAUGGUGAACUUUACGUCUUAGAUCGUACAAAAAAUAUUAUACAAUACAGAUAUAAUUAUUUUUUACCAGCAAGCAUUGAGCAAUUAUUACGAAAACAUCCAAAAGUGAGAGAUUGUGCUGUGAUACCUUUAUAUAAUACUUUGGAUGUUCACCAUCCAUUGGCGAUUGUUGUACCAAACAAGGGAGCAAAGAUAGUGCAGGAAGAGUUAAUACAAUUUGUAUCGGAAAAUGCAGUGGAUUGCUUGAAGCUUCGUGGAGGCGUGCUGUUCAGGCAUGCACUAAAAUAUUUGCGUAAUGGACAGUUAGAUCGUAGAACUCUUCAUAAGUGGGCAAAGGAUGACCUACACGAUAAAGCAUAUUUUUCCAGAAAGGCUUCUCAAAAAAAAACUUAAUUGGUGUAUGUUAGAGAGAGAGGAGAGAGCUAGAGAGAGGAAGAAGUUUCUAAAAAAAUUUAAUUGAUUUAUAUUAGCGCUCUAAUUAUUUUACGGUCAAGAAAUAGAUAUUAUUUAAACAAGCUGAUAUAUGAUUGUCAGGUUACAUAAUAUGAUAGAAUUUUAAUGUGCACUUAUAAUUUAAAUAUAUGACGCAUUUGCCACAGACCUUAGGCUUUCAGUAAAAAAUAGAUAUAUAUAUAUAUAUAUUAUAUACCUACAUAUAUAUGUAUAUAUUGCAUCGUCAAUACAUGUAGUAACAGGUAUUUUUUUUUAUUAUUUCAAUACAGUUUUUAAUAAUGCUAAUAUUUAAUAAUGCAUAUAUGCUAAUAUGUAAAUUAAUUAUCGAAUUGCGAACGUGACAUACUCGCGCGCAUAGUGUGGUGCUUAUUUUUCUUCAUAGCAGAAUUUCUUUAUAUCUACAUGUCCUAGAAUAAAAACUUAUAUUAGGUUUUCAUUUUAUUUUUAAGUUUCUUAUUAAAAAAAUUAUUUGUACAUGAUAUUUAAUAGAAAAAUUAAGAUAUUUUUAAAUUAUAAUAAAUAUUCAUUUUAUACUAAGAUAUACAUAAGAUAUUUAUUUUAAUUAUAUAUAAGUUUUGUGAAAUAGUUUUAAAAUAUGCUUCAUGAAUUUUAAUGUCGAUGAUGACUAGAAACACAUAUACCUGGAAUUUUAUUCUUGUACAAUAUAUAAAAAAGAGAGAUAAUAGUGAAGUUACUUUAUUUUCUUUUUUCAAUUAAAAAAAAAUAGUUUGCCAAAUCAAGCUGUUCACAUAUUUAAUAUUGUAUCAGUGCAUGUAUGGAAUGAAUGUUACAAAUAUUUAAUCGUUUUCGUAUUAAAAGUUUCUCGACAAAA